UCAUGUUGCAUCACUCCCUAAUGCCAAACCUCCUGCGCAAAAAAGCUCUCACACAGCCCGCCUGAGAGUUUCACUCCCUGCCACACAUUUACAGACUCAACUGGUCACCAAGCACACUUCAGUUUGCACCACGAACAGUACAGCACUGCCCGUGGAGGAGCCUGGACUCUUUUUCUGUCGUCCAGAGUCAAUCAGAGUUCAACCGGAGGCUGCAGGCAGGAGCGCCAACUUCAGGGUUUGGAUGGGAGAGGCUCUACCUGUGCGGAUGAUCCGAGCUGGGUGAAGGUUCAUCCUGCUGGUGGACAGUCGGUCGGCCAGCCAAGACUGAUGCGGAGGGAAGAGAUGUCUCCGUUAUUCAUGGACACCGGGUACGAACCCAACAGCCCCGGCUCAGUAUCAGCUGAGGAGAGCCACAGCAACACCGCUGGAUCGGAGAGAGAGGGAGAGGGACAACAGACGGGAAAGAGAGGGACAAAAAGACAAGAAAAGAACAGAGACGCUGCGAGGAAGACCCGGAGAAAACAAACAGAGAGAGCGGACGAACUUCAUGAGGAGCUCCAGGGUCUGGAGCGAUCAAAUUCAGCCCUUCACAAGGAGAUUGCCUCAUUGCAAAAAGACCUCCAACUCUACACAGCAGCUCUGGAGCGCCACAAGCCUUUCUGCUGCCUCAAAGACUCUGCAUCCAGCUCCAGCUCAACAACCUGCCUCUCGGGUUCCCCCUCAGCUGGCUGUCAGACCCCCUCCAGCCCUCCUCGAGUACCUCCUCAGGCCUCAAGCUCCUCUCAUGCUGCUGCCCCUUCACUCUCUACCUCCCUAACCUCCAGCCUGGGUCCUCAAACCCUUGACUGUGUGGGAGGCACUUGUCUUUCCUCUUCAACUCCUGCUCCAACAACUACAACAUUAGCCUCAGCUGCCGGCUUGUCUUCAGAACUCUUCAAGUCCUCCGGGUCUGUAGUCGUUCCUUAUUCUGUCUCUUUUUCUACAGUCGCGGCUCCUCACUCUUUGUUUAGUGAUGAUCCUCCUACUCAAAUCACAUCAAGGGAGACAAAUGUUGCGCCUGUUUGCACCAGCCUCAUUUCCAGCACUGUACCCUCCAGCUCUCUCACCGUAGCUGGUCAGCCUCAAUCGAGUCAAGGCGCCAUCCAUGAACGUUCUUCAAUGCCAGCAAACGCUUGUUUCUCUACUCUUCACCUUGAUGCACUGGAUGCCUUUCUUACAGGUUCACCUAAUGUAGCGUCCCCUUGCUCCCAUUUAGUGGCAGAGAACGCAGGUCUAGUGGCGCAAAGUUGUCCCAUGAAUGUGCCCCAGCUACACCGAGGUCACUUCAGGGGAAGUCCAAUCAAUUCAAGUCAGCUGCCCUCUCUUUUACUGCCAGCGCAUCAAGAUCCUGCUCCUCAGGCCUUCUCAGUGUCCCCACAGGCAAACUUAGCGGCGUCUCCAGCCUCUGCUUUUGCCUUAAAGCCAAGUUAUAGUCAACAUGUUGCGCCCAAUCCUGCGUCUCUGCUUUCCCUGCUCACCGUCCCAAGUCCCCUUAGCAUGUCUCAGACUACCUCCAGCAACUUUGAUGGACCUCCUUCUCAACCCCUGCCCUCACUGCCACCAUUGGGGGAUCCCUUAAGAGAUCUCUCCCUUUCAGAACUCCUAGACGUCAAUGAUUGGAUACUACAAUGAGUGGGACUAGUAACCAGUAGCACUACAUGCCACAUUGUAAAGAAAGACCUGUUAAAUUGUGUCAAAAUGGACAUAUAUUAUAUGUAUAUUUAUAUAUGUGUACAUUUUCAGUGUUGUUCCAAAUGGCAGCCGAGGCUUCUUACGAUUGAGAUCUUCUGAAAGAACUGCAACACAACUUAUUAAAAGUGAAAAUACAAUGCUAAGGGACAUCCGUCUUGACAUCAGAACAUGAUUGAAUGAAUCCAAACACAUGUCUGGGCUGUUGCUCAUAUUCAGCUUUCAGUGUAGUACAUUUAAAACGGCCUAGCUGAGGUUUUUUACUCCUUGACUACAGCUGCUAAAAUCUCUAAAUUAGCUGGGUAACAGGCCAAAACUCAAUAAAUAUAAUACUACUGCAAUAAAUGAGCUACUUAUAGAUGAAAUGUGAACCAACUAUGCAAUGAAAUCCAGCAGCAUAGUUUUUCUUCUUUUGCACCAGAGACACUGAGAAACUGACUUUUGAAACAUUGACGUGUAAUUUUAGAUAGGGUGGAGUGCUCACUUCCUUGCAACUUCAACGAAAUGUCAUUAGGAGAAAUUUCCAUCUGUGCCUCAUCUGAGCCACAGUGUGAACUUAUGAAUCGUCAGACAGCCCUGGCCUUGCUGCCGGAAAAUGUUUUUCAACCCCUUUUCUUUUUAACUAGUUUAAAAUCAGACACACACACGUCUCACAUAUUUUGCUGCUACUGAUCAUUUAUUUAUGUAUUGCAAUAUUUGACACCAGCAAAAGUCAGUUGAUCUGAUGUUUUUUUUUAAGCUACAACUUUCCUUUCAUUUCCUAUGAUAAAACUAUCUCUUUUCUUUCCCUUCAAAUAAUAGAACUGCAUUAUUUCUACUUACUGUAAUUAUGCUCCUACAUGAUCCAUUGUUAAUUUUUUAUCUUUUAGGCUUUGCUUGCGGGGAAAAAAUGCUCCAAUGUCUCCAAAGAGACUAAAUGAAUGUCUCUUGGGUUUAUUUGAUUCACUGCAAACAGUAAAUAGAUUGGACAACUGUAUUAUUUAUCUGUCUUAUGUACCUGUAUCAAGGUGCACAUUCCCAAAUAAAAGUGUGCUUAACUGAACAAACACAGAGGGCCAAUAGAGGCUCACAGCCCCCUAGUGGUUAAAUCCAACCAUGGCUGCAUGGACAAUUUAUGUGCCAACUCGAGACCCAUAUUGGCAGUUACUGCGUGAUCAAAUCCAGCCAGAUGUAUGCAUGAGAUCAUGUGGUUUUGGAUUACCUUGGGAUAAUGUUUUACAGGCAGAGCUGUUUUAACAGGCAGUAACACUGACGGCUGGCCCGCAUUGAUCUGUGAGGGAGGGAAACAGUAAGCAGCAGGAGGAGGUGAUGAGGUUGUCAGGCACCGAUUCAUUAGGGAUGAUGAUAGUGACGGGGUCAUCAAACACCCGUGUGGGGCUAAACCUAUGAUAAAAAUGUUUGUAUAAUUAAUAAUUCUCUUACUGUGCUCAUUUGUAGUGAGUCAAAUGAGAGAAAUCCCUGUAGCUGACAGUAAGUCGGGGCUGCUCAAACCUGUUGUUACUGUUACUGGUACUGCUGUAAGGAAAUGAAAAGUGGACAGUAAUUAGUUGGGAGAUGUAGUUGAGUUUCUGCACAUUGAUUGUAUUAAUUUGACGAUUUUGGUUUUUCAAAUGAUUAUUUACAUAGAUUGCUGUGCUUUAUACACACUAUGUUUGUAGAUAUAUAGAAAAUAUAUGAGGGUUUACACCAUAUAGAGGUUUCUGAUGUAGUGUGAGUUAUGACCAUGUUGUAUUUAUCAUGCAGUAGAUUAAUAUAUUUAUGCUAUAAUGCUAGUUGAAAAAGAAAACCUAAUUAUAAAUAAAUAAAAAUAUUAUAACAUGUU